AUGCCAGCAGAAUGUGUCAAAGUUAUUGUAAGAAUGCGUCCAUUCAAUCAAAGAGAAAAGGAGAAUGGAAGCAAGCCAUGUGUUGUAGUUUAUGAAGACACGAACACUGUGGAAUUGCGUAAUGUAUGGUUUUUUAAACAUUCGUAUACUAGACAUAAGAUAAUGAUGUAAAAUCGUAUACAUAUGAUUACGUGUUUGGGGCAGAAACACCUCAAUUAUCUAUUUAUCAGAAAACUGCUUUCAAUUUGGUGGAGAGUGUAGCUGAUGGUUACAAUGGAACAAUAUUCGCAUAUGGUUAAACAGGUAUUAAUAUUCAAUUAUCAUAAAGGUUGUGGUAAGACUUUCACUAUGAUUGGAGAUCCAUCAAAUGUAAUAAUAUUAUUCAUGAUUAGGAAACGAUGAAGGGAAUCAUCCCCAGAACUUUUGAUUAAAUCAUCAGCAUAAUUAAUAAUAACUCAGACUCAAACAAAAAAUUUCUACUUCGAUGUUCAUACAUAGAAAUUUACAAUGAAGAAAUACAUGAUUUAUUAAGCAAAGACGUGAAGCAAAAAUAUGAAUUAAAAGAGGGAUAACAAGGUGUGUUUAUUAAGGAUUUAAACAUUGCAGUGGUUAGGACAACCCAAGAAAUGGAUCGAUACAUGUAGUUGGGUACACAAAACAGAUCAGUUGGAGCAACUGCCAUGAAUAAGGAAUCUAGUCGUAGUCAUUGCAUCUUCACUGUAUACAUAGAAUGUUCUGUUGCAGAUCAAAAAGGAAAUGAGAGAAUCACUGCAGGUAAACUAAACUUGGUGGAUUUGGCAGGUAGUGAGAGGUAAUCAAAAACCCAAGCAACAGGUGACAGAUUAAAAGAAGCAACAAAAAUCAAUUUAUCACUUUCUGCUUUGGGUAAUGUUAUAUCAGCUCUUGUUGAUGGCAAAACACAGCAUAUUCCUUACAGAGAUUCCAAAUUAACUAGAUUGCUAUAAGAUUCUUUGGGAGGAAACACAAAAACCAUAAUGAUUACAGCUAUCAGUCCUUCUGAUUUUAACUUUGAUGAAACUUUGUCUAGUUUAAGAUAUGCAUCACGAGCCAAAAUGAUCAAAAAUCAACCUAAAGUAAAUGAAGAUCCAAAGGAUGCUUUAUUAAAAGAGUAGGCUGAAGAAAUCAAAAGACUUAAGGAAAUGCUAUCAAAAUAAGCAGCAGGUUAACCAAUAUCUUUUGAUAUCUUAUAACCUGCUGGGAAUUCAGUGAACAAUUAAGAACUUGCAAGAUUGAAAGAGGAAAAUGAUAGAUUGAAGGAGAAGAGUAAACAAUAAGUUUCAGCAGGAGGUGGUGGUCCAUCUGAGGAGAAACUUAAAGAAUUACAUGAGUUUAAAGAGAAAAAUAAUUAGUUGUUGCAAGAGAAGGAGAGAUUUGAAUUGGAAGUAAAAGAAAAAGAAUACUAAGCAGAAUAAGAGCGUUAGGCUAGGAAAAGAUUGGAAGAUUUAUUGAAGGAAAAGGAACAAAUGAUGGUGUAAGGUGGAAAAGGUACAGAAGAUGAGAAAAAGAAAUAUAAAAAAUUGAGACAAGCUAUUGAUCAAUAGAAAAAGGAGCAUGAAGCACUUAUUAGUUAAUAAGAAUAGCAAUAAUAGGAACUUUUGUAAAUUGAAACUAAAUAUCAAAAUGUUUAAGAGGAAGUUGAUAAAUUGAGGAAGCUUGUCAAGUACUUGAGAAAGAAAUUGGAAGAGGCUUAAAAUGAAUAAAAAGAUCUGAAGCAAGAGGUUGAAUAUGAAAAAGAAGAUCUUUUGGAUACUAUUAGAAGUUAGGAGAAAGAAAUUAAACUGUAUUCAGGCAUAGUUAAAAUGAUGUUCAAUCAAUCUGAAUUGGAAUCUCUUCAAGCAGCAUGUGAAUGGGAUGAUGAUUCUUAAGAAUAUAAGAUCCCUCCAUUCAAUUUUAAAGCAAAAAAAGUCAAUUUUCCUAAUCUACCAUACAAAUAAGGUAAUUAUUCUUAUUUUAUCCAGCCAUCGAUUUAAUUGAGUAAGAAAAGGCUGAUCGAAUGCUUGAAAUUAAUUCUCGAUAAACUGAUAAAAAUAGUUACAAUGAUCUUGACUACAAUUAGAGAAAGACUUCUCCUAUGCCACAAAGAAAAGGUACUACCUCUAUUACUAUUUAGAAUCUCAACAAAAAUAAAACGGAAUCAGUUAACCUCAGUUAGACAGAGCAUAAUUGGUGGCUGAGAAGAUAAAGAUGAAUUAUUAAAUGCUAGAAGAAAAAGAAGGAAAGUAACGUUACUCGAAUGAAGUCUCCAAUCAGUAGUUUAAUGAGAAAAAACCUAAUUCAAAAAUAAUCUUAAGUCCCAUUGAUAAUCGAGGAAACACAGUGCCUAACUUCAAUAGUCAAUAUGGUUUUAAUAGCAAUACAAACAGCAGCAAUUUAUCAUAGGCUACACCGCCAACAAAUAAGAAAAGUACUUUCCAGCUUAAUUCUUAGAUGUUAAUUUAUAACCUUUAGAAUCAAAACCAUAGCUACCAUUACCUGACGAACAGUAAAGAAGAAAAUAACACUAGAGAGUUUAAUAAAUUUGA